CUCGAGUGUGCCUCUCCCAGUGCAGUGGAACCGGCCAGUCAGCAGCGCUGUCAGUUUCCGUCACCUUCUGCUGUCCGAUCGAAAUGACAGGCGAUCAGAUCUGAUGUCUGCCACGAGGUAUUUUCGACGGAGAUCUUCUUUCCCGGACGAUUGCCAUCGGACGGAAUCCGGGGAAGCCGACGAUCGCGUUCCUCAUGGUUCCUAAACCGGAUACGGCCGGAGGUCGCUGAAGUAGCUCGGUACAGGGAUCUACAACAGAAGCUGAUCAGAGACAUGUGCACCGUCCACCAAUUCGACGAUUUUCGUCAUUGCGCGCGGACGUGUUAG